CUUUCACAUCUGUCUUCUUGAUCUCUGCCUUGAAGGCCUCCGCCUCGCCGUUCUGGUCGUCCUUGGCCAGCAGGUCCAUGAGGGACGCCAGCCCUAGCGCAGACCUUGGGCGAUUUCAAAGCGCAGGGCACCUCGAUUCCCCGAAUUUGUUGUGUGGCCGGUAUCGGUGUUCCCCAGGUUUAACUAGCCUGUCUGAAAGCGCAGAUCAUUCUGGGAGAAGUACCACCGAAACCAGUUCUCCCUGCCCCUCGGGGGUCUCCAUUUUCCUAGUCCACCUCUGCCUGGGACGCCAGAAAGACAAACUUCUGAUGCGCCAAGCGACCAGAGCUAGUGCCGGAGGCGGACAUCGUCUCGCAGGGAACCGACUUCAGCACCAAGUCCUUGGGAGAAGCGGGGAGAAAGCUGCUUGGAUGGACCGCGCAUCCAAGGGCUCCGCGACGCCGGCGUGGGAUGGAGAAGAGGGGGACCAGCCUGGCCUGGCCUCCCCUGGGCCCUCCACCUCUUGAGCGGUCCGCUGGGCGGACGCAGGCUCCCCAAGGACUGGUUUUCUCUAAGCCUUGGUGUCUGCAUCUGAGCAAUGGGGUAAUGAAACUGGCUGUGAGGAUGCGCUCGGAGUUGAAUGAGACCGAGGCGCGCACGGGGCUGGACGCUGAACACACGGGCUUUUUCUACGCGCAAUAAAUUGUGUGUGUGUUCUCUUCCCGCCUCUUGAGUUCUAGCCUUCCCUUUCAGCCUCCUGGGACCCCUCAGUCGGGGGUUUUGUCGGAGGGCGCCGCGGGGCCUCGGGGGCCGAGGACAGGAGGGAGAUGCGGGUGCGGGCGGAGUUCAGGCCGCGGCCGCCGGGGAGGUCGCCGAGCGGGGCGGGACCGGACAGAUCCCUGCUCCCCCUCCUACCCUCUCUGGGCUCCAGGGCUUUUGCCUGAAGCGGGCAGGAAGAGGUUAAAGGCGCCCCUCCCCCUUCCCCGCCCGCGCCCUCCCGCCCCAGCUCUUUCUUCCCGAGGUCUCAUUAGGGAACCCUCCCCGCUAUUUUCAACAUUUCCUCAAUCAAGGGCCUUUAAAUAGGGCUGCACAAACAAAUUGGCGGCAAAAGCGUAGAUCUUGUCACGAUUGAGACCGACCCAAUAUUUCAGCCUUGUUUUCUUUGCAAUUACGGACAGGCUUUUGGCUACGGUGCCACCGGGGCAAUUCGGCCGCCGCCCGCUUUCUCUCGGCACCGGGCGGCGGAGGAAGGACCCGCGGAGCCGGCGUGGGGCGAGGAGGAUGCGGGGAGGGGGCCGGGGCUGCAGGGCCGAGCUCUGGGGCCUUUCCUUCCCGGUGGAGCGGCUGGGGCGCACGCGGUGCUCACGCGCCGGACAGUGCACACGUGGAGUCCAGAGUGUCCGCUUGCCCAGCUUCCUUUCUCCCCUCUUCCGCUCCACUUUUUUGCAUCCCAUCCCGUUUUCCUCCUGCACUUCUAGGCGGUUACCGGAUUUCCCUCUCUCUCUCUCUCCCUCUCUCGCUAGCCUACUGGGUCCCGUUUUCCUUGGCCAUUUAUUCUGGUUUGAUUUUGUGCGCAAAGUCACUUUAGCUCGGCUGCAGGAGGAUGAGGCUCCGAGACCUUUGGCGGUGCUCCCGGGGGCGUGGGGCCGCCCACCCCUUCUUUAACCUGCGCCUUGGGCCGCAGCGGGCCAGCGAGCUGGUCUCAGCAGAACAGUAGUUAACUCGAAUCAGGUCCUAAGCCUGAUAUUUCACAGACGAUUAAAUCUUGGCUGCUGUUUCAUAAAAUUGUAAUAUUUACCCUGCUUUAUACCGAGGAGCACUUUUAAAGUCAAAAACAAAUACUACUUUUCCAAAGGAAAAUAUGAUAAUAAAUCUCUUUUUAAUGGAUUCUCUCUGCAUAAGUGGAAACCACAUGAUUUAACUCCUGGACCACCCCCC